GUCAACAAUAUGGCGCUGUCUAUAGUUUACAAGAAUGCCGCAUCUGCCCAUUGAUAUGUAUUUUUCAAGUUUGCCAUUAAAUUUGACAAACUGUGAAGCAGCGUCGGUGCCGGGAUUAUCGACUCCUGCGUAUUGUGCUUUUCAGUUGACGUAAAAGACCUAAAAGGACUUCAGUGAACGCCCGAAGAGCACCAUGUCUGGGUCAAACGUGUGGAGUCGCAAUCGCGAGAAACUAAGACUUUUCCCCGACCUUCUUGCACAGUGUGCGGUAGAGGCAGCAGCAUAUGGCAAGUGUGUGGCAGCUACCACAACAGGCAGACAAGAGUUGCAGAAGGACCUGUGUGCCAAGGAGUUUGAAGCACUGAAGACCUGCUUUACAAACGCAGCCAAGAAAAGAGCCAAAUGAAUGGAAACCGUCCUGGUUGUCUUAGAGGAGCAAAUACAGUGGGGCAACCUCCAAACUGACUGUGGCAGAAGAAGUUCUUAGUGGCUUGUGAUGCUGAAAGUUAUGUGGGAUUGCUGAAAUGUGUAUCAUGUGUUGAAAAACCAAUUGACUUUUUUUUUUUUUAUAAUAACUUUGUUGAAAUGGAAAAUGUACAAAGCCAUGUAUUUUUCGGCAGCACUGCCAUUUCCUAGAAUAUGCGAGCUCCAUUUAACUGUAAUAUAGAAAUGUGAAUAAAAAUUGCUGAUGUUAUUAGUUUGUUUGAAUAAAGACCAACAGCCUUGGUUGUACUA